AUGGAGGCGCCACUUCGCAAGAACAGCGAAGUCUUUAGGCUUGAAAGUAUUGCCUUUGACGCCAGGGCUCGUAAGGUCGUCAACAAACUGUUAGCUGACGACCUCGAAUUGGUCAACAAGAAGCAACGGCGCAAGGGAAACCAUAAACCUCGUGGUUACUUCCACAAGAUUUUCUUUACUCCAGCCGACUGGAGCACCUUAGAGGAGCUGACCACCGAACUGGCUCCUUUCUUGGACCUGACUAAGUGUAUGGAGGGUGACGGACCCACCGGCUGCUUGGUUAUUCCCGAGUUCUACGCUCUAAAGUUCCACCUCGCCUCCCGGGUCGAGGAACUUUCACUGGUUCCAGGCAACCUGUUUCAACUUUUCAAGUCUCACGAUCCCGAGGUUGAAUCCAAUGAGAUUGCUGCUUACCUCAAGGCCACUCAUCCAAUGGCUUCCAACGACGACGCACGAAAAACUAAGGCAGUCUUGCCAUGGUGGAGGAUAUAUGCUUUUGGGACAGGGUCCGAUCUUGUGCCUGGUGCGAUCGAAUACUGUGUCGGUUCAAGGCUUGGUGGGCGUCAACGUGUACCCCUAGGGCACAAGUAUAAGGAGGCAAACGAAGCCAUCGAGGCUUUUGGUGGUAGACGAUCAAAGAAGAAGUAG